AUGCUUCGUUUGCCGCCUCGCCCCUACAACCUUAGAAGACGUCCCACAACAGGAGUCGUGGACACUGGCCCUGUCCCGACGUCACUCCCAGCUAGGGAGGCACCUGCAGGUGACCGACCUGCCUCGGGAACCCUGCGGGGUGACUCAGAGGCUCCCCUCUCGACGAACGAGAGGGAGGCUGGACCCGGUCGCGAUCGGGUCGAUGGGACUUCGGGUGGAGCUGAGGGCUCCCGUGAUUUUUCCGCCGGCAUUGUAGAUACGGAUAGGGGUCUUGAUAAGAAUGGAAGUAUUUUUGGUACCACACGUUCGGAUUAUGAGGCGAAGACGCCCGAUUGGAUCGAGUACAGCGUGCGCGCAUCGAGCGCCUAA